CGUACACUUCGGGACAGGGGCGAGGCAGAAGUAGCACAGGCACCGUAUACCCUCGAGGAGAUCAGAACGCAAAAGUCCAAAACCCGCUCGAUCGCCUGCGACAAUGGGCAAGAACACCGACAAACUCUACGUCACCGCAUCAGAAUGGAUGUCGGGAGACCACUCCGCCUCCGGCGGUGUAACCGCCCGCAAACAAGCCCAAACAUUCAAGAGGCUACCAUACAACUAUUGCGCACUCUCCCUCCAACCAUUCGAGCACCCCGUCAUGGCAUCCGACGGCACGAUCUUCGAUAUCCGACACAUCGUCCCUUGGCUCAAGAAACACGGCACGAACCCCGUGACGGGGGAGAAGUUGGAGGCUAAAGAUUUGAUCAAGUUGACGUUUGGCAAGAAUGAGGCUGGUGAGAAUUGUGAUCCGGUUACGUUCAAGGUGUUUACCGACAACACCCACCUCGUCGCGAUCAAGACGAGUGGGAACGUGUUUGCGUACGACACAAUACAGCGACUGAACGUCAAACAGAAGAACUGGCAUGAUCUCGUAACGGACGAGGUGUUCACAAAGAAAGAUAUCGUCACGAUCCAGGAUCCACAUAAUCUGCAGCAGAGGGAUAUGUCGACAUUCAAAUACCUGCAAGAAGGGAAGUCGACACCAGCACAGGACGCAAAAGACGAAGAAGCAAAGGAUUUGUUGAGUGGGAUCAAUACGGCCGCAACAGGCUCAGCAGCAAAGAUCCUCAAAGCACGACAAGCCGUCGCAAACUUCCGCUCAAAAUCCUCCAACCUAAGCACCAACCCAGCCCUCCACAACCCACCUCCCAAACCCUACAACGCCGCAAUCUACACAACAGGAAUGACAGCCGCCUCCCUAACCUCCACCUCCAUAACCCCCCAAACAAGCACUAACCUCGCAAUCCUCUCAGAAGAGGACUAUCUGCUGGUACCAAAACGCGUCAAACACAAAGGCUACGCACGGAUCCAAACAUCCCACGGCUCACUCAACAUCGAACUGGACCCCACGCACGCUCCUAAGGCUGUGUAUAAUUUCGUGCAGUUGAGUAAGGGGGGAAAGUAUAAUGGUGUCGUAUUCCACCGGAAUAUUCCGGGCUUCAUGAUUCAGGGCGGAGAUCCUACGGGUACGGGUCGGGGUGGAAAGAGCUUCUGGGGAAAAGAUUUCGCGGACGAAUUGGGCGGCCCACGGCGCCACGACGAACGCGGAACGCUAUCAAUGGCAAACCGCGGUAAAAACACGAAUUCGUCACAAUUUUUCAUCACGUACGGGCCUGCCUCGCAUCUCGACAACAAGCAUACCAUCUUUGGCCGCGUGGUGGGUGGGAUGGAGGUUCUUGACGCUUUAGAGCGGGUUCCGGUCGAUUCUGGUGAUCGACCCGUGCGGGAGGUGAAGAUGGUUGAUGUUGUUGUUUAUAUUGAUCCGUUUGAGGAAUUCCAUAAGGAGCGACUUGAGCGGGAGGAAAAAGAGCAGAGGGAAGCCGAGGAGGCGAAGGUUGUAAAGGAGGAUGAUGUGAAGACUUGGACAGGGAGGAGUGUUGCUGGCGCUGGGGCAAAGAAGAUUGAGGCACCGGGAGCUGGUGUUGGGAAGUAUUUGGCGGAGGCGUUGAAGCAGCAACGGCAACAGGAGGGCUCGAGUGAGGGAGAGACUCAGGAGCCGGCGAAGAAGAAGCGGAAAGCAGGUGGGUUUGGGGAUUUCUCGUCGUGGUAGCAUUGAGCAUAUGUAGACUCGCAAUGGCGACCAAAGUUCACACACGCGAAACCAGUCCAUUCCUGCCUUCAUGACCUAGGGAAUCAAUAAUCCUAAAAG